AUGUCAACCGGAAUUCAGCACAUCUACGGUACUAUCACUGAAUCAGAAAAUGUCUUACGGGCGCGCAAGCGUAUGGCGCUUUUCCCCCGUGGAUCUGAAGUUCUCUUCCCGACAGAAGAGUACUGGGUGCCUGUUGUGCGCGUGAACGGUAAUGUUUGUGUUUUACCAGGUAUCCCUAGCAUUUUUGAAGCACUACUCAAAGGCUUGCCACCAUAUCUACGCCUCGACCCAGAUAUGCCCAAACCUAUCCGUCGUCUCAUCCAUACUAAUCUUCCUGAGAGUAUGAUCAGUCCCGUACGUGAGCAAGCUGGCGUUCAUAUCUCUCUGGUCGGCUACGAUCAUAUGCUUAUUGACAAGUAUACACAAAUGGUUGUCGAAGAGAUUGGUGGACAACCUGUGGACGUCUAG